UUUAAUAAUUUGAUGGCAGUGCAUCUAAUACGGUACCAUGACAACCUUACGUGAACGCCAACUCAACGCUUUGAAACAGAUGCUAAAUUUAAAUCAACCACUAACAAAAGCAGUGGCUAAUGAACCAAUAUGGAAAGUACUCAUUUAUGACCGAGUUGGCCAAGACAUAAUUUCGCCAUUAAUAUCUAUCAAAGAACUCAGAGAACUGGGUGUGACUUUACAUGUACAAUUACAUACAGAUCGAGAUUCCAUACCAGAAGUCCCUGCUGUUUAUUUUUGUGUUCCAUCAGAAGAAAAUCUUGGAAGGAUAUGUCAAGACCUUUCUAAUGGAAUAUAUGAUCAAUAUCACUUGAAUUUCAUAUCACCUAUAACAAGACAGAAAUUAGAAGAUUUAGCUGCUUCAGCUAUCCACUCUAACUCUGUAAUGAGUAUUCACAAAGUUUUUGAUCAAUAUCUGAACUUUAUAUGCUUAGAAGAUGAUUUGUUCAUAAUGAAACAUCAGCAAUCUGAUUAUUUAUCAUAUUAUGCUAUAAAUAAAGGUGAUACUAAAGAUACUGAAAUGGAACCUAUAAUGGAUGAAAUAGUCGAGAGUCUUUUUUCAGUAUUUGUUACUCUAGGUAAUGUUCCUAUCAUAAGAUGUAGUAAAGGGAAUGCUGCUGAAAUGGUAGCAAAAAAGUUGGAUAAGAAGUUACGUGAAAAUCUUUGGGACGCUAGAAAUAAUUUAUUCCAUGGUCAAGCUGGCACAUUCAGCUUCACUCGCCCUAUGCUGAUAUUACUUGAUAGAAAUAUUGAUAUGGCAACCCCCUUACAUCACACUUGGACCUACCAAGCAUUAGCUCAUGAUGUACUGGAUUUGACUUUAAACAGAGCAGUGGUAUCAGAAACUUCUGGACCAAUAGUACCUGGACAAAAGGCGAAAACGAGAACUUGUGAUUUAGACUCCAAAGAUCCAUUAUGGUCCGAACAUAAGGGUAGCCCUUUCCCAACUGUAGCAGAGGCCAUACAAGAGGAUUUAGAUAAAUACAGGAGUUCUGAAGCAGAAGUGAAGCAACUUAAGAGCUCAAUGGGAUUGGAUGCCGACAGCGAUCUAGCUCUCAGUUUAGUCAGUGACAACACACAGCGACUCACAAGUGCAGUCAACUCAUUACCACAACUCAUGGAAAAAAAACGACUCAUUGACAUGCAUACAACUAUAGCUACAGCUAUUUUAAAUGCAAUAAAGUCAAGGAGACUCGACUCAUUUUUUGAGUUGGAAGAAAAAAUAAUGAGCAAAAGCAGCGGUGUAGAAAGUAAAGCUGUCAUGGAUUUGAUAACCGAUACCAGUGCGGGGACAGAGGAAGACAAAAUGCGUCUAUUUAUUAUAUAUUACCUGUGCACAUCACAGAUAACUGAGGACGAGUAUAAAAAGUUUGAAACUGCGUUAUUGGCUGCAAAUUGUGAUAUUAAACCUAUGGCUUACAUGAAGCGUUGGAAAGGAUUCACCAAAAUGUCUAGUCAAGGACAAUACGAGGGUGGUGGAACAAAAACUGUUUCUAUGUUUUCAAAAUUAGUAUCGCAAGGGUCGUCAUUUGUAAUGGAAGGUGUUAAGAAUUUGGUUGUCAAGAAACAUAAGCUGCCGGUGAGCCGCGCGGUGGAGGCGGCGCUGGGCGGCGAGAGCGAGCUGUCGUGGCUGGACCCGCGCGCCGCGCGCACGGACGCCGCGGGCCGCGCGCGCGCCGGCCGCCAGCCGCCGCCCACGGACGCCGUGGUCUUCCUCGUGGGCGGCGGCAGCUACAUCGAGUACCACAACCUCAUCGACUUCGCUAAGCAACAAGCUGCCAAUGGAACAAAUCGAAAAAUUAUCUACGGAGCUACAACAUUGCCGAAUGCAUCUCAAUUCCUAAAACAAUUGUCUUUAUUAGGAGAGGAAAUUCAAAACCAUUCAAAUUUUUAAAGUAUUCUUUGUAACAUUGUAAAUUAUAUUAUCAUAAUUUAA